UGAGCAUGUCAUCAGGCCAGUUUGCAACCUGCUGUUUUCAGGAAGAUUUGAAGUGGGCUGAGCCCAGGGGUUUGCUUUAAAUACAGUCAGAUCUCCCUUUGGGUAGAGACUGCAGACUUCUCUCUUGCUUCCUGGUGCACGCACUUUAUGUAAGGUACUGGUGCAACCAUGCUGAGAAAGAGGUUGAUCUUUUCCACACUUUUAGCUCUGAUUCUGGUUAAUCUGAUAAAUGUGCAAGAGGCAUUUGUUACCCCUCUAUCUACAGGAUCAAGCAUAGAAGCACAGAGCACGGGGCCAGCCACAGAACCCCACACGGAGCCCGGCACAGGGCCCCGCACGGCGCCAGCCACAGAGCCCAGCACGGUGCCCCACACGGAGCCCAGUACAGUGUCAACCACAGAGCCAAGCUCUAAGUCAAGUGUGGAACCAAGCACUGAGCCCAACCAUGAAGAAAAUGAGGAGCUCAGUGGAGAUCCCUGCAUUGAAGAAAGUGAGGAGACCAGUGGAGAACCCAGCCCAGAUCCAAUUACAGAGUCAACCAGAAACCCAAGUGUAGAACCAAGUACAGAGCCAAACACAGAACUACCCCAAUAACCUCAUCAGCAGAGUAUAGCCAUCCCUUCCUGACAACUUCAGCUUCCUGGAAGAAAAAUUCUAGACGAUGGCAUAUCAAAGCUAAAUUCAAUAUACUUGUAGAAGCUACAGCUCAUAGAAAGUUAGCCACACCUGUUUGGGUUUCAACACAAUCACUCCAUCCAUUCCCAUGUAUUUUGUUAUAAUUUUAUUUAAUUGUGAGUGGUUAGACAAAUGAGGGCUGACAUGUAGCAUUUGUACUGCAACACUUCCCUUCCCUUGCAAGUUCAUCAUUCCCUGCUGGUAGUCUUGUUCUCUUUGCAUAACAGCAAUAAAUACAUACUUACAUGCAUAAAAACGUCAUUAGGGUAGCGUGUCUUGUUAUUGUCAAAACUUCCAUCCAAUCAUCAGCUAAAACUAGUUAGGUUUUUUUCUAACUUUCCACAUAAAAUGACUCCAUAGUACUACUUAUUGUUAAUCUGUGAACAAACCCAUGUGCUGAGUUGGAAGGAGAGGGUGGGUGGGUGGACAUAGUGUGAAUACCUUCAUAUAAGCCCCAGCAGUGACCCUACAGCCAUACUUCCUAUUCUCAUACUUGGUUCUGGAGAGUUCAAUCUCCCUCUAUUCCUGAAUGUGACAUUCUGAUACAGGAACGUUGGCCCCGGAAACUGCAGUACAGUAACUAAAAACUACUUACAGAACAAAUAGUGACACAGAAGUUUCCCACAUUGAUUUUCCAUGGUGACCAACAAUAGUAUGAAAUGUUGACUCAUUUUUUAGCCUCUUUACCUACAACAAUGCCAAUUCUUGCCAAGCACAGACAUGCUAUGCAGAAAUACCUUUGUUUUCUUGUUCUCAGACUUCCAAACCAAGUAGUGAGCAAACGUCAGAAAUACUACCUCCUGAAGCGCAGGUUAAAAAAAAAAAAAAAACAGGCAGGUAGACGGAAGGGAAAACUACUCCUGAGUGAGAUUUCAGAUGCAUUAUUAAAAACAGGAAGAAGAGUAAAUAUGCAUAAGACCCAGCCUUAACAGCAUCCAAUUUAACAU